UAUAUAUGCUAUAUAUAUGCUCUCUCUCUCUGUCUCUCUCUGUCUCUCUCUAUAUAUAUACAUAUAUACACACCACAGUUCAUAUUGCCAGCUCAGAUUUAUUUCCUAUGCUUUGGUUAUAUGCAAACACACACACACACACACCCCACCACCACGCAAACACACAUCCUACAGGCACUUACCUCAAUAUCAGCAUGUUCAAAAUUGAACGCUUCAUCUUUUUCCACCCCAAUCAUGUUUUUUUAGCAUUCCCUGUCCUAGUGAAUGACACCACUAGUCAUCCAGUUGCCCAGUCCAGAGGUGUGAUAUCAUCUCUGAGUCUUUCCCGUUUUUCUCCCCACGCAACCUAUCAACCAACAGUUGAAAACAUUUCAUCUCCUCAUACCUUUCUAUUCAUCCCUCUUCUCUCCAUCCACACUGGCAUUAUCCUCAUCCAGAUCAUCAUCUCUUAUCUGAUCUCCUUGAUUCUCCAGUCAUUCCCCCUGAAAUUAAUUCUCCAUACUGCAGCCAAACUGAUUUUUUAAAAUGCAGAUGUAAUCAUGUUAAUCAGAUAUUUAAAACCCAUCUUUGUACUUGAGUUACCUUUAGGAUAGAUUCAAGAAUGCAUGAUAUGACCUGUAUAAUGAUUCAUGUUCUCAACAUGCUUUUAACCCUAAUUGCAUUGUUAGAUCCUCCCCUUCCAUAGUUUUUAAAGUCCAAGGCAUACUUCAUUUCUCUGUGUUCCUCAAAAUGCCCAUCUGAAAUAUUCCUCCUUCUCCUGGCUAGUUCCUUCAGAUCACAAUGUAUUGUUCAUUACCUCAGGAAAGCUUUCACUGAUGUCCCAAGUCCGACUUUGAUCUUAAUUAUUUUAUUUUUGACAGACACUUAACCAGCACUUACAAACCACUUUGUAAAUAUUAAUUCAUUAGAUGCCUACGAUAAUAAUCAUAGGAGACAAAUAUUAUUAUUACCCCAUUUUACAGGUGAGGAAACAAAGGUAUCUAUAACUUGCCCAAGCUUAUAGAUAGUGAGUCACAUAACCAGGAUUCUAAUAUUGAUAAUUUGGUUCCAGAUCCCAUAUUCCUAAGCACUAAGGUAUGCAGCCUCCUAGGUACAAGAGGUCUUUUCUAGGUAUUUCUAUAUUACUUUUUAUAAAUGCAUACAUUAUGACAUACUUCAUUUACUUGUCUGCCAAUUUUUCUAGCUUGUGAGCUCCGUAAGAGCAAGAAUUGUCUCUAACUUAUUUGUGCCAUGUCCUUCUUUAUAUUUUUAAAAUAUAAAAGUGAAAAAAGUAACGACAUUACCAACUAUAGCUGACAACAAGUAUUUACAAGAGUGGAGAGAAUAUAUUUGUAAUUACUCGAGAAAUGACUUAAAUAAAAAAUUAUUUCUUCAGUUCAGAAUAUUUUAACAGAUCCUUUAGUGCCGAGCAUUCAAAACAGUGACAAUGCAGUGUAUGGACUUUUCUGGAUUCAAAUUCAAACAAACCAACAGCAAAGGACAUUUUGGAGAGAACUGGGGAAAACCAAAUGCAGUAUAAAUUACACCGAGGAAUUAUUGCUCAAGUUGUUGAUUGUGAACGUUAUAUUACAAUUAUCUUUUAGAAGGCCUUACCUAUUAAAAAUACUUAGUGAAGUAUUUAAAGGUAAAAAAAAUGAUGUCUGGGAUUUGUUUCGAAUGUUCCGGAUGUAUUUAUGAAUUACUUUUUCAAAGAGGAAAACUUUUUUAAUGAAAAAAAAAAACAUGGAGACACAUGGUGGCGCUACAGGAUAAGACGAAAACGGUACAUAGGCUGGCACGGUGAGCUUCGCUAUUCAGGAGAACAGAAAGCAUCCAACCCACUGAAAAGACAGGCAUUAAAGGAGCUUCGCCUACAGAGCUGCUGGAGGAUACACUCUCCAGGGGGUUCCUGUUAAAAACCAGAGCUUCAGCUUCCAAAAUUACGGCUGAGCUUCAAUUUUUCCACAAGAGAUUGCCUAAAGGAACCAUGGAGAUCAGAGGGGCACUCGAUCUGCGAAAAAGGCAAGUUCUAAUAUUCCUUGUUUUGCUGGGAUUGUCUCGGGCAGGUACUGAAUCUGCACGCUAUUCUGUGGCAGAGGAAACAGAAAUUGGCUCUUUUGUGGCUAAUCUAGCGAGGGACCUAGGGCUGGGGGUGGAGGAGCUGUCUUCACGUGAAGCCCGGGUAGUGUCUGAUGAUAAUAAAAAGUAUUUGCACCUUGAUUUGCUGACUGGGAAUUUGCUCCUAAAUGAGAAACUAGACCGAGACGAGCUGUGUGGCUCCACCGAGCCCUGUGUGCUGCAUUUUCAGGUAGUUUUGGAAAACCCUUUACAGUUUUUUCGGGUUGAGCUGCGUGUCAAAGACAUAAAUGAUCACUCCCCUACAUUCCUAGACAAGGAAAUACUUAUUAAAAUAUCAGAAGGUACCACUGUUGGAGCUACAUUUCUAAUGGAGAGUGCUCAAGAUUUGGAUGUCGGAAGCAACAGUCUCCAAAACUACACAAUUAGCCCCAAUUCUCACUUCUACAUUAAAAUUCCAGACAGUAGUGACAGAAAGAUAUACCCAGAGCUGGUCCUAGAUAGAGCUUUAGAUUAUGAACAGGAAGCUGAACUCAGAUUAACACUCACAGCAGUGGAUGGUGGAUCCCCGCCUAAGUCUGGGACAACUUUGGUUCUCAUCAAGGUGUUGGACAUCAAUGAUAAUGCUCCUGAGUUUCCUCAGAGUCUCUAUGAGGUGCAAGUCCCCGAGGACAGACCCCUUGGCUCUUGGAUUGCCACCAUCUCAGCUAAGGAUCUGGAUGCAGGAAACUAUGGAAAAAUAUCUUACACAUUUUUCCAUGCAUCAGAAGAUAUUCGUAAAACAUUUGAAAUUAAUCCAAUAUCUGGGGAAGUUAAUUUGAGAUCACCCCUGGAUUUUGAAGUAAUACAGUCCUACACUAUAAAUAUUCAGGCAACAGAUGGUGGGGGUCUUUCAGGAAAAUGCACCCUUCUAGUUAAAGUUAUGGAUAUAAACGACAACCCACCAGAAGUGACCAUAUCGUCGAUUACAAAGAGAAUUCCAGAGAAUGCCUCAGAGACCCUAGUAGCUCUUUUUAGUAUCCUAGACCAAGACUCUGGAGACAAUGGGAGGAUGAUUUGCUCUAUUCAAGAUAACCUACCUUUUUUCCUGAAACCGACCUUCAAGAACUUUUUCACUCUAGUUUCUGAAAAAGCACUGGACAGAGAGAGCCAAGCCGAGUACAACAUCACGAUCACCGUCACAGACUUGGGGACACCCAGGCUGAAAACCGAGUACAACAUAACCGUACUGGUCUCUGACGUCAAUGACAACGCCCCCAUCUUCACCCAAACCUCCUACACCCUGUUCGUCCGCGAGAACAACAGCCCCGCCCUGCACAUCGGCAGCGUCAGCGCCACAGACAGAGACUCAGGCACCAACGCUCAGGUCACCUACUCGCUGCUGCCGCCCCAGGACCCUCACCUGCCCCUCGCCUCCUUGGUCUCCAUCAACGCGGACAACGGCCACCUGUUCGCCCUCAGGUCGCUGGACUACGAGGCCCUACAGGAGUUCGAGUUUCGCGUGGGCGCCACAGACCGCGGCUCCCCGGCGCUGAGCAGCGAGGCGCUGGUGCGCGUGCUGGUGCUGGACGCCAACGACAACUCGCCCUUCGUGCUGUACCCGCUGCAGAACGGCUCCGCGCCCUGCACCGAGCUGAUGCCCCGGGCGGCCGAGCCGGGCUACCUGGUGACCAAGGUGGUGGCGGUGGACGGCGACUCGGGCCAGAACGCCUGGCUGUCGUACCAGCUGCUCAAGGCCACGGAGCCCGGGCUGUUCGGCGUGUGGGCGCACAAUGGCGAGGUGCGCACCGCCAGGCUGCUGAGCGAGCGCGACGCGGCCAAGCACAGGCUGGUGGUGCUGGUCAAGGACAAUGGCGAGCCUCCGCGCUCGGCCACCGCCACGCUGCACGUGCUCCUGGUGGACGGCUUCUCCCAGCCCUACCUGCCGCUCCCUGAGGCGGCCCCGGCCCAGGCCCAGGCCGACUCCCUCACCGUCUACCUGGUCGUGGCGUUGGCCUCGGUGUCUUCGCUCUUCCUCCUCUCGGUGCUCCUGUUCGUGGCGGUGCGGCUGUGCAGGAGGAGCAGGGCGGCCUCGGUGGGUCGCUGCUCGGUGCCCGAGGGUCCCUUUCCAGGGCAUCUGGUGGACGUGAGCGGCACCGGGACCCUGUCCCAGAGCUACCAAUACGAGGUGUGUCUGACGGGAGGUUCCGGGACAAAUGAGUUCAAAUUUCUGAAGCCGAUUAUCCCCAAUUUUCAAGUUCAUGACACUGGUAAGAAUAUGGGGGAAAUCGAGAACUUUCGAAAUAGCUUUGGACUUAACAUUCAAUAAAACAAUUUAUUUUAAAUUUCUAAUUUUUGGUUAUUCUUGGCAAGCUGAUGGUACUUUUUGCAUAAUCUUUCCUGGAUUCUUGGUUGUACUGUAGUUGCAUGCAUGAUUAUAGCUAUUGUUUUUCUCACAGUUUCUUUAAAAAUCUUUAUUAGUGGCUAUAAUGAGGUGGAAAUGUAAUCUGUGUUUUCCGGUUUUUCAUUUAUUUGGUCAAAAUGUUAUAUUAAUUGAGUUAUUGCUAUUUUUGCUGUGAUAAUGGUAUUAUGCAAGACAAUAUUCUGAAUUAUUUGGAUAUGCAAACUAAAGUAUUAAGAGCUAAUGUCAUUAUAUAUGUAACUUAAAUCUAGACACCAUCAAAGCAUAAAAUAAAAAUAAAAAGCGUUGCUGAA